UGCUCACAAUGAACUCGAAUAUUUCAAUAAGAUCAGUCAAAUGGACACAGGGACUACUGUUUCUUGGAGAAAUAUCUGUGUUUCUGUAUCAGAAAAGAAGAACGUCUGGCCAAUCUGUUUUGGAAAAAAAACAAGUUCAGCAACACAGCAAAAGAGGCUGAUUCUUAAAAACGUAAGUGGAGAAGCAAAGCCUGGUCAACUUUUAGCUGUUAUGGGCGCCAGUGGGUGUGGAAAGACAACGCUGCUGAAUGUGGUGGCUGGCAAAAGUUGUGGAAAAAUGGUAGUUCAGGGUUCGGUUUUGAUUAAUGGCAUGAAACAGUCAAUGUAUGCCCGCUCUACUCUGGCUUACGUUGAACAGACGUACCUCUUCGUCGACACUCUUACUGUGCAGGAACAUCUUCGCUUUCAGGUGGCUUUAAAACUUCACUAUGACCUUUGUGAGAAGGAGCAAGAAAUGAAGGUCCAUGAGCUAUUGACGAAGGUACAACUGGUAAAACAAGUGCAUACAAGAAUCAAGUUGCUUUCCGGUGGAGAAAAGAAAAGACUGGCAUUUGCCACAGAGAUGUUAAUGGACCCUUCCCUGUUACUGUGUGAUGAACCCACUUCUGGACUCGAUUCCUUCAUGGCUCAGAAUGUUAUCAGCGUCCUGCAAGGGAUGGCAGCGGCUGGCAGAACAAUAAUAUGUACUAUCCAUCAACCUUCUUCUGAGGUGUAUGCCAUGUUUAGUGACAUCCUUCUUUUAGCAGAUGGACGAGUGGCCUACAUGGGCCAUACUAAUCAAGUCAUGGACUUUUUCAACUCGUUAGAUAUGUUUUGCCCUGCAAACUACAACCCUGCAGACUACUUCAUCAAAGUUCUUGGGAUACCUCCUGAGCAAGAUAUAGAGCAACGAGAAAGUAUAAAGAGGAUUUGUGACGCUUGGGAAAAUACUAUUACAAGUAAAACAUUACAACAGGGUAAUAGUAGAACGGAUAGAACACAGAUUGUCAACAAUCAUUUCUCCAACGCAUUUCGUCCAGCUCCAUUCUUUACUCAACUAAAAAUUUUGGGAAUACGAUCAUUUUUGGAAACAUACAGAGAAGACGUCUUGAUCCCAACAAUGCUGCUUACAGUGAUGAUACAAUCUAUACUACUGUCCUAUAUCUACUGGAAACAGAAGGCGGUUCAAGAGAGCAUACAGAACAUUAACGGAGUACAUUUCAUCAUUAUUAACACUCUAGUCUUCUUCACUGUGUUUGGCUCUGCUAGUACUACAUGUAUUAGACUCAAGUUGUUUUUCCGAGAUAAUUCUGCUGGCCUAUACCGUACAGACGUAUUCUUCUUGUCUUUCACAACAUCUCAAUUUCCAGCUUAUGUACUGUUUGCGAUAACCUGUGAUGUGUUGGUAUCAACAUCAGCAGGUUUGUACCAUAAUAUUUCCUCGUGUUUCGUCUCUAUCCUUAUAAAGAUCUUUCUGUGUAACGCCGUAGUGUCUACUGGAUACGUCAUAGCUUGCGUCACGAACAAUUCAUUAAUAGCCAGUGUGGUUCUUCCACUCCUUAUAACUCCGCUGCAGUUGUUUUCGGGAUUUUACUUAAAUAUUGAGUCAAUGCCUAUCGUCCUACGAUGGAUAAAGUACAUUUCUUGGUUCUACUAUGCCUACGAAGCUUCUUUGAUCAAUUACUGGCAGUAUGUAGAUAACAUAGUUUGCCCUGAGGAACAGUCGAUUUGUUAUCGGAAUGGUGAUGAUGUACUUCACACCUUUAACUUUAAGAAGGACCAUCUUGAGAUGGACAUAUUAGGGCUUGGAGUCUUGGUGUUUGCAAUUCGCUUUCUUGCCUUUGCUAUACUUUAUUUAAGGACAAAAGUUAAGUAAUUAGAAAUGAAGAAAUUUACCCACUUUGUCAAAUCCUUCAAAAACAAAGCUCCGCUGUCUGUGUAAAACAAUGAGAAAAGCUGUUCCUGAGAAUUUAUAUAUAUAUAUAAUUGCUGAUAUUUUAAUAAUACUAAUUGGUUUGUUUAUUUUAAUGAACUAUUUUUUUUCUUACGUUUUAUUCAAUGCCAAAUGAUUUGAGAAAUCUAUUCAGGUUAUUUAACUGGGUUAAAAAGUCACAUUUGUGACUACAAAUCAGACUGUAGUUAAUGUUUUUAAAUAUUUUUUUCUGAUAUGUGGUGCGUUAUAUGGCGAAAUAGAAUC